AGCAGAGGUGCGGGCCUUUUUUACAUCGCCAUUAUCCUUACCCAGUGUAUGCAGCUCAAAUACUCCAGGGACGAAACCUCUGCCGCGCUGUGAACCUGCUUGGGUCCUUGUUACUUUGAGGAGGACCAUAGACAACCCGGAGGCUGGAAAUGGAGUCUGUGACCUUUGAGGAUGUGGCUGUAAAGUUCAGUAUGGAAGAGUGGGCACUGCUGAGUCCUUCUCAAAAGAAGCUCUACAGAGAUGUGAUGCAGGAAACAUUCAGGAACUUGGCUGCCAUAGGAAUGGAACAGGAAGACCAGAACUUUGAAAAAGACUACAGAAGUUCCCAGAGAAAUCCAAAGUGGGUGCCAGUGGAAGCAAUAAGAGGGCACUGGAUCCUUUGGACCUGGACUCACAGGAACUUCAGCUGUGAGAAAGAUGAAUGUGCCUUUCAGGAUCCUCUACUCUAGCCCAUCUACUCUAAACUCAUCCCCAGAGGACAACUGAUCCCUGUUCAACUUCCAGCUUCUCCAUCAGCAGCCACCCCUUUGUUUAACAGCUCCGUCCUGGCCUCCUCUCUGCAAUCUCUCAUCUUCCUCUUUUUCAUCUUCCUCUUCUGGAGCAUUCUCCAAUGCUCCCCCUCCCUAUGCACAAGCAUGUACACACAUUCACCCAGGAAUUUCAUGAACUUUACAUGGAACCUGGGGAAUAAUGAAAAAGUAUCUUCUCUCUCAGAAAACACCCUUCCCCUUUGCAGGGUGCCUAAUGGGGAUCUUAUCACCCGAGGGAUAUUCUUCUUUCUCAUAUCAGACCUAUAUGAAACACAAUCCAAACCAGGGUUGUUCAGCUAGAAUCUUUCCAUCUUUAUUGAGGAAUUUCAAAGGCCUGACCCCUGACUCUGUAAACAAGACUGUGUUGUCCAGAGCUUCCUGAUCAGAGAUCCUUAGUAAUUUACAUGAGCCUAUACAAUUGGGGCUCAGGGAAGAGCCCUACAAAUUCUAACUGAGCCUCUUUUUAAAGGUACAGAUACUCUUUAGACCUCCAUUUCCAUUCUCUAAUCUUGUCCCACCUGUUGUUAGGCCAAGACUUCUCCAAGAAGUCUUCAGAACCCUAUGGGGGACCAUACCCCACCCCCACAUUUCCCCAGAGUACUCGAGUAGGAGCAGCAGGAAAUAUUAGUUAGAAGGAUAGAGGGGAGAGAAACAGAUAGAAAACACAGGAUAGACUCAGGAGGGCCUGGAUCCUAAUACAUCAGCCCCAACUGUUUCUGCCCUAGGGUAUUUAAAGGAAUGCCAAGGGGUGGAGCAAAAGACGUUCCCCCAGCACAGCCAAGUGCAGACCAUCUCUGACACCUGCACUCAGGCCCAUGGUCCAAUUAUCCUCUUUAUGCAGACCUGCUGGGUAAAGCCACUAGGAAACCUAGAAAUGGGCUUCAACAGAACCCACUCUUUUUAUUGCCUGUCCGGCAUUGGGGGACUAUGCCAUAGGAAGACUGGCAAACAAAUUUCAUCUGCAUACUCAUAGAUCUUCAAGAAAGGGACUCAAACAUGUAUUAGUUCUAGUAGAUGUUUCACUAGGUAAAGAAAGCCAUUUGCUACUAAAACAGAAAAGGUCUCAGAUGUAACCACUGUUGUCAUAGAAUAUAUUGUUCCUUGUAUUGGGCUCCCUGUCCUUACAGUCUGAUAAAGACAUGGCUUUCAUUUAUAUACCACUCAUGGAGGAGGUAAAACUCUUAAAAUUAAAUAUCUCCACAUAGCCUGGCAUCCUAAUCUUCCAGGAAGGUUGAAAGGACUAAUAAAACAUUUUAGUGCAAAUGGAGUCCAUAAGAGGACCCAGAUCCCCUGGAACUGGAGUUAUAGGCAAUUAUGAGUGACUUGAAAUGAGCAACAGGAACUGAACCUAGAUUCUCCAUAAGAGCAGCAAGUGCUCUAAAAAUGCUGAGCCAUCUCUCUAUAGCUCUCUAAUUUAACUCCUAAGAGAUCUCUCAGUAAGCUCACACUGGAGACUUGACAGUCUUGACCCACUCUUCUCCCAACCGCAGUUUUAAAAUCCCACAUUAUUCCCAAGUCUACAGUCUACCCCAGACCCUUUGAAGUCUUUUACAGUGUGUCCUUUCUCCAGAAAAACCUCUUUCUAGAUCCAGAGACUCAUUAUCUGUCUUAGUUUGUCAUUGCAAUACAUGAUCAAGGCUAUCAUUGAGUACCAAGAGAAAUACAGCUCCAAGCCUAUGGCCACCUUUUGGGGACAACUUUCUCACAUAAACAAAAGAAAUUAAGUUAAAAGGCCAUGUCUUAGUUACUUUUCACUUGCUGUGACAAAACACCAUGGCCAAGAUAAUUUAUAAAACAAAGCAUUUAAUUUGGAGCUCAUGGUUCUAACAGGUUAGAGUCCAUGACUCUCUGGUCAGGAAGUAUGGCAGCAGGCAGGUAGGCAUUGCACUGAGGCAAUAGCUGAGAACUUACAUCCUAAUUCACAAGCAAAAGACAGAGAGAGCUAAUAAGGAUGGCACCAGCUUUUGAAACUUCAAAGCCCACCCCCAGUAGCACAUUUUCUCCAACAAGGCCACACCUUCUAAUCCUUCCCAAACAGUUCUACCAACUCAGGGCCAAGUAUUUAAAUAUAUAAGCCUAUGGUACCAUUCUCAUUCAAACCACUACAGACCAUUUGAAGCUUUCUGCACUUGAACUUAUAAGUUUCCAAUUGCUGUCAAAUUGCAAGGCCAAUCUUUAUGGAUUCAUCUCUUCAGAGUUAAGACUGUUCUAGUCCCAGAAACAUGAAUGGCCUAUUCCUAUGAGUCUCCUGGAGACAUCCAUCAUCUCUUUCAGUGAAACAAAGACUGCAAGCUAUUCAGCUCCAGAUGGUAUGGUCUAAGGAAUAUCAGUCAUUACCAUCAACACCAACACCUUUGUUCUACCACUAAGGAACUCUUGACCUACAAGCAAAUCAUAGCCUUCAACAUCUUAAGAUAACCCUUCCUCCAAAAUAUGGGUCAAGAUUCUUAUGUCCUAUGGUCCUAAAACCCCAUGACAAACCCACAAUGUCAACCAAGACCCCCUUCUCAGCUAUGAGGCAAUUCUAAAAUAAAAUGAUCCUUUAUUCCUUAUCAAAAAGUUGACUUUGGUCAUCUAUUGGGUAAGGGGGAAUAUAGAGAUAAAAAGGCAAUAAAUCAAAGCAAAAAUUAUCUACUUUAACAAUCAGACCCUGACUGUUUGGCACCCAAAUUAAUGACAUGUGAUGUCUUAUACAAUUAGAAUCCAUGGUUUGCUUCAAAUGGCUAGUUACAGGAAAAAUGAAGUGUUGUAAAAUUUAUCACUUAAAAGAUAAUGAGUUGCUUGUUUCUCAUCUGUUCAAAUAUAUCCUACAGAAAUGUCAAAAGGACCAGUCUCUUGUUCUCUCUUAGAAUUUCCCAUUGGGUUUCUGUUUCCUCCACAAUGUAUGUUCUUUAAAAUUUUUAUUAUUUUUAAUUAUGUGUGUCACAAUACGGGUGUGAUCAUAUGAAUAUGAAUACCCAUAGAAGCCAGAGGUGUCAGAUAUCUUGAGGAUGGAGUUAGCAGAAAGUUGUGAGUCAUCUGAUAUGAAUACUAGGAACUAAACUUGGGUCCUCUGCAAGACAGUAUGUGCUCUUAACCACUAAGUCAUCUCUCCAGCCUUCACAGUGUACAUUCUUUAUUAAAACUUUUAUAUCAAUUAUGGUCUGGUAAAUACUUUUACCUUGUGACUUGGGCUCAACAUUCCCAGCAUGACAAGUAUCAAUGCUUCUUUGUAAUUAUGAUGAUUCUAAGUUAAAAUUUGUACAUAGGUUCUCAACUGUAGGGCUCAGGUCCUAGACUUGAUGUGAAACUGAUAUGUAGUUCUGUCCUAUAGUAUCCAUGCUUCCCCAAAAAUCCUUUGUGGAAAGAAUAAUCCCUAGAGCAACAGACUAGUGAUGUGGAUCUUUUACAGGAGAGAGUGGUCUAGAUCACAGGAGCUGUCACCUUAU